AUGAUAUGGAGAGUGGAGACCUCCCGCAUUGCCGAUGACGGCACGCAUGACGCUCGCCGGCGGCAUUCAUCGCUUAUCUCGUCAGUCACUGAAAUCCAUACAACUGAGUCACCUAUGACUAUGACUUGUGAUGCUGGCAAGGAGAAUUGCAUUGGGUGGGCAGCAAGGGAUCCAUCUGGAUUCUUAUCACCAUACCAAUUUAACCGCAGGGCUGUUGGAGCUGAUGAUAUUUCACUAACCAUCCUUUACUGUGGAGUCUGUUAUGCGGAUGUUGCAUGGACUAGGAAUGUACAAGGCCACUCCAAAUAUCCUCUUGUACCUGGUCACGAGAUCGUUGGAAUAGUCAAAGAGGUCGGGUCAAACGUUGAACGUGUCAAAAUUGGGGAUCAUGUGGGAGUGGGUACUUACGUAAAUUCCUGUAGAGAGUGUGAGUAUUGUGAUGAAGGGCUUGAAGUCCAAUGCAUAAAAGGAGCAGUUCUCACAUUUGAUGGGAUUGACACCGAUGGGAGUGUAACUAAAGGAGGAUAUUCAUCAUAUUAUGUUGUUCACCAAAGAUAUUGCUAUAGAAUACCGGAGAACUACCCGUUAGCUUCUGCAGCUCCAUUGCUGUGUGCUGGAAUUACGGUUUGGACCCCGAUGAUGCGCCAUAACAUGAACCAGCCUGGCAAGUCUCUAGGAGUGAUCGGGCUUGGUGGUCUUGGACACAUGGCUGUCAAGUUUGGAGCCGAUAACUUCAUCAUCUCCAGCAAUGAUGAGGACAUGAAGGCAAUGGAGAAGUCACUUGACUUUGUAAUCAACACCGCUUCUGCGGACAUCCCAUUUGAUCGAUACUUGGCACUAUUGAAGAGUGGGGGCGUAUUAUCCUUGGUGGGGGUCCCAAGUGAAGUUAAAUUCCAACCCAUAAACCUAAUUCUAGGAAUGAGAAGCAUCUCGGGGAGUGUGACAGGUGGCACCAAACAAAUUCAGGAAAUGUUGAACUAUUGUGCAGCCCAUGAGAUCUACCCCAACAUAGAGAUUGUCCCGAUUCAGUAUGCGAAUGAGGCUCUUGAGAGGUUAAUUAACAAAGAUAUCAAGUAUCGUUUUGUCAUCGAUAUUGCAAAUUCCCUCAAGUAACCACCAUAUCAUGGAAGUACCUACUAUACUUUAUAAAAUUCAUGUUUGAACACCACACCUAUGUUAUAAGUUUAUGAUAAAAUAAAGAAACCAUAGUUUGCAUGCAUGUCCUAAAAAAUAUAAACUGAAAAAAGGCAUUAAGUUUUACUUUUUCUGUAUGAUUUGUCAAUGUGGCUAUGAAUGUGGGCUUUCGUAAUGGUAACAAGAAAUACAAUCAUGUGAUGUGGUUGGCAUCGAGACAAAUAGAUGUUAGAUGUAGUUUGCAUGCCACAGAUGACAUGGGACAUCUAUUUAAUACAUGUUACCACAUUUAUAGGCGAUGGUAAACAUGCGUCCAUAUACAUGAUUAUGAAUGUGAUCUUUCAUUAUCC